AUGUUGUUUCUUAUGUUUUUGGUGCACAAGGUAGCUACUCAGAGCUGUCCUGGAAGUGAUGCUUUCCUUGUUCCACAUGAGUGGUACCAGCCUGGAGACUUCAUCAUUGGUGAAAUGGUAUCUCACAUAGAAUAUCACCUUUAUGAAUUUAAAUUUAAUGAAAAUCCUUCUAUAAAACCUUAUGAAAUACCAACCGUAAUAACCAAAUUUCAUCAGCAUGCCCUUGCCUUGGCCUUUGCUGUGAAGGAGAUCAAUGCAGACGCCCAGAUCUUACCUAACAUCACUCUUGGGUUCCACAUCUAUGAUAGUUAUGACAACCCAAGGAUGACCUAUCGCACCACUCUGGACCUCCUUUUCAAGUCCCAGGAAUUUGUCCCUAACUACAAAUGUGAUAGCCAGAAGUAUCUCAUGGCUAUCAUUGGAGGAUUGGAUUUCGAUACAUCAUCUUAUAUAGCUGAAAUUACAGGAUUCUUCAAGAUUCCACAACUUACAUAUGGCUCAUUAGCCCAAGAGGAAUUUGAGACCAGUAAGCGAUCUUCACUUUAUUUCAUGGUCCCAAAAGAGGACCAUCAGUACAUUGGGAUUAUCCAACUGCUUCAUCAUUUCCGGUGGACAUGGAUAGGGAUAUUUUCCGUUGGUAACAACAAUGGAGAAAAUUUCUUACAGAAAAUGCAGUUCUUACUUUCAGAGAAUGGAAUCUGCUCUUCAUUCAUACAAAGGCUUUCACAAGUAUACUUGGAAAACUUCCCAGAAGUUUAUCAAACAAUCUCAAUUAUUUCCUUGAACUGGAUAAAUAGCAAAGCCAAUGCAUUUCUUGUCUAUGGAGAAGCAUUGACAAUUAUUUGGCUAAGAAUUGUCACAUUUAUGGUAGAUCCUGAAAGUAGGGAAAUUGCAUUAUUUAGAAAGGUGUGGAUCAUGACUGCACAGAUUGAUUUCAUAUUAUCAGGAUUUCAAAUCAACUGGGACCUCCAGAUGUUCCAUGGGGCUAUUUCCUUUACUCCUCAUUCCAGAGCAGUUGUAGGUUUCAAAGAAUUUCUUCAGACCAUAAAUCCACUUUCAGUCUAUAGAGAUGGGUUUCUGCAGGACGUUUGGGAACAAUCAUUUGAUUGUUCAUUUCCAAAACCAGAGUUACAAGGAAUUCACAGUAGAAAAUGCACUGGGGAGAUGAAGCUGGAGAACCUUCCUGCACCUGUUCUCCCAAUUUCUAGAUGUAAUAACCCUUGUUUCACUGGAUACUGGAAGAAAGGAAUUGAGGGGGAACAAUUCUGCUGCUAUGACUGUGUUCCAUGCCCAGAAGGGAAGAUUUCAAAUAAAAAUGAUAUGGAUGACUGUUUUGAAUGUUCAGAAGAUCAUUAUUCAAAUGAAGAAAAGAAUGGAUGUAUCCUGAAAGCGAUGGUGUUUCUAACCUUUGAAGAAACCCUAGGAAUUGGUUUAGCUGCAGAAGCUCUUGGUUUCUUCUUCUUGACAUUUUGGGUACUUGGAACUUUUAUUAAGCACAGGGAUACUCCAAUUGUCAAAGCAAACAACCGGUCCAUCACCUACACCCUGCUUGUCUCUCUUCAGCUAUGCUUUCUCUCCUCUUUCUUCUUCCUCAGCCAGCCUGGCAAAGUGACCUGCCUCCUCCGACAAUCCACUUUUGGCAUCACCUUCUCUGUGGCCAUUUCUAGUGUAUUGGCUAAAACCAUCACUGUGGUUGUGGCUUUCAUGGCAACUAAACCAGGAUCUCAGAUGAGAAGAUGGGUGGGGAAAAGAUUGGCCUUUUCUAUUGCUUUUUCCUGUUCUCUCUUUCAAAUAUGCAUUUGUAUGCUUUGGUUGUCAAUAUCACCCCCAUUUCCUGAGUUAGACAUGCACUCAGAGUCUCAAGAAAUGAUUUUACAAUGCAAUGAGGGGUCAAAUUUCUUCUUUUAUUGUGUGUUGGGCUACAUGGGUGUCUUGGCCAUUGCCAGCUUUAUUGUAGCUUUUCUUGCCCGUAAAUUACCUGACACCUUUAAUGAAGCCAAGUUCAUCACCUUCAGCAUGUUGGCCUUUUGCAGUGUGUGGAUCUCCUUCUUUCCAGCCUAUCUGAGUACGAAAGGAAAAGCCAUGGUAGCUGUGGAGGUCUUCUCCAUCUUGUCCUCCAGUGCAGCAUUAGUGGGAUGCAUAUUUUUGCCAAAAUGCUACAUCAUAGUUUUCAGGCCUCAGCUAAAUCUCAGGGAGCAACUCACAAAGAGAAAUUAG